GCUAAUUACCCAAUUCAAAGGCGUAAUUAACACUUUAUCGGACGAAAUCAAACUACGCAUCCCAAUGAGCAGUUGCAUCAGCAGCACAGCGAGAUAAGAGCAGUUUACGCAACCCAAUACCACCCACGGAUUCCAUAGCAUUCAAUUCAACCGUCGGAAGACCUCAAAGCUUCUUCCAAGAAUCAAAACAUGGGGAACACUUCCUCCUUGCUCACUCAGUAUGACAUAGAAGAAGUCCAAGAACGUUGCAAUCACACCUUUUCGCAGCAGGAGAUAGUGUCAUUGUACCAGAGGUUCUGCCAGCUGGACCGGAAUGGGUGUGGCUUUAUCUCUGCAGAUGAGUUCAUGUCCGUACCCGAAUUUGCGGUCAAUCCUCUCUUCCAGAGACUGUUGAGAAUGCUGGAUGGACUAAAUUUCAAGGAGUUUGUGGCGUUCUUAUCUGCUUUUAGCUCUCGGGCAAGCUUGCAGCAGAAAGUGGAAUUCAUUUUUAAGGUCUACGACUCUGAUGGUAAUGGGAAGGUUACUUUCAAUGAAAUGCUGGAUAUUUUGCGCGACUUGACGGGUCAAUUUAUUUCUGAACAGCAAAGAGAGAAAGUUCUUACCCGAGUUCUAGAGGAAGCAGGCUAUGCAAAGGAUUCUUUGUUAGUUCUAGCUGACUUCAUGAAGAUUGUUGGCAACUCUGGCUUGAAGAUGGAAGUCGAGGUUCCUGUAGAUUAGAGCACAAAAUGACUUGUUUCUGUGGUGAAAAUCUCGAGUAGUCUACUUCUCUGAAAUAUGGAUCCCUUAUUUCUUAGGUUAAGAUUUCUCCAUUGAAACGUUUUUAGUGAAAACUGGCUUUUCCUGAUGGAAAAAAACAUAGAAAGUGUAAAUCAUCAGUCAUGAAAAUUUUAGAUUGUUCAUGGUUAACUAAGAUUUUAAUUAGACAUAUAACUGCUAUAUACAUUUCUUGAUCACUGGAAAAUCCUCUGAAAGCUUAAUUUUUGGUCAUUGAAAGUCUGCGAGCGACAUAUAACUCAUCAUGUUCUAAUUUAGUCAUAUCAGCAUUUCACUUGUAGUGUUAGGAAUUUGGAGUCCAAAUAUUUUACGUUUAAAUAAAGUGCAAAGAUGAUGUUAA